CUCCUCCAGACCGUUCUCUCCUGCUCCUUCACGCCCUCUAACCCGCUCCUGAGACGCAUAUUGUGCAAUGCCGAGCGAACUCAAUGUAACGCGGGGAGCUUUACUGAAUGCGCCAGUCACAGGGUCUGCUCUGCGUCUCACAGAAACAACAUGGUUGGGAUUAUCGGUGGAUCUGGUUUGGAUGACCCUGAUAUUUUGGAAGGAAGAUUAGAGAAAUAUGUUGACACCCCAUUUGGCAAGCCGUCCGAUGCUUUGGUUUUGGGAAAGAUAAAAAAUGUGGACUGUGUUCUGCUUGCAAGGCAUGGUAGGCAGCAUACUAUAGCACCCACUAAUGUCAACUAUCGUGCCAACAUCUGGGCACUGAAAUCAGAGGGAUGUACGCAUAUUUUAGUAACUACAGCUUGUGGAUCCCUGAGGGAGGAAAUUCAGCCUGGCGAUAUAGUCAUGGUGGACCAAUUUAUUGAUAGGACUACUAAAAGAGCGCAAACAUUUUAUGAUGGAGGACCUUCUUGCCUACCUGGAGUGUGUCACAUUCCCAUGGCUGAACCAUUUUGUGCCAAAACAAGAGAGAUCUUAAUUGACGUUGGCAAAAGAUUGGGUAUUAAGUGCCAUUCUAAAGGCGCAAUGAUCACAAUUGAAGGGCCACGUUUCAGUUCCAAAGCAGAAAGCCACAUGUUUCGUCUCUGGGGAGCUGAUGUCAUCAACAUGACCACAGUGCCUGAAGUUGUCCUUGCAAAAGAAGCUGGAAUUUGUUAUGCGAGCAUUGCUAUGGCAACUGAUUAUGACUGCUGGAAGGAACAUGAAGAAGCUGUAUCUGUUGACAGAGUUUUAAAGACCUUAAAAGAAAAUGCAAACAAGGCAACAAGCAUCCUUCUUACAGCUAUACCUCAAAUAGCUGCUAUGGAUUGGACAGAGACCCUUCAGAGCAUGAAGGCCACCGUACAACUUUCCGUUAUGUUGCCCAGGCACUGAAAUUUCUUUGAUGAACUGAAGAAUGAAACACAUUUCAAGAUGAACUUGGAAAAAAACCUUAUAGCACUCUAGUAAUCAUACCCAGGGUUUGCACUUAUAUGCCUUCCAGAACCUUAUCAAAUGAUUGAAAUGUACUGUAUGCUAUUGCAUCUUGCAUCAUGUGUAUGUUCAGCAUGACCAAAGAAAUAAAGUAGGUGCUGCAUUUGUUACCUUUUACCAAAGGCAGUUCUCCGUACAAAAGUGUAGACGCCUGUGGUCCAACUGUUUCACGUUACAAUGCAUAUUAUACUUAAUGUAUAAUUAAUUUAUUAAAGGUUAAAACAAUA